GGUUGCUCGUCACCAUUUUGUUUGUUGCGUGCUGUAAGUUUUGGAUUUCGAGGAUCAUUACAAAAAUACAAAUAUUUGUUUAAAUAAUUACAUUUCUUAAUUUAGAGCUCGAGUGCCUUCAAAUACCAUGAGCUCUCGCCACAGAGAUAGGAGUAGGUCUAGAUCGCGCGACCGAGAACGCCAUAAGGAACGUGACAAGGGUCGUGAUCGGGACCGGGAUAAGGAUAGGGAACGUGAUCAUGGUCGCACGCGUGAUCGCGACCGUGACCGUGAUCGUCAUCGUGACAGAGACCGUGAUCGUGAUAGGCACCGUUCAAAAAGAGAUAAGGAGAGGGAGCGCAGUCCGAGUCGCCAUAAAGAAAAGAGGCGCAGUCGUUCUCGCAGUAGUAGCAGAGGCAGGGGACGAAAGUCAAAAGACAGGGAUGGUACAAUAGCCCUACUUGACCAAAUGGUGGGGACCACUACCAAAGCCAUGGCUCGCCAGGUGACAACCACGACUACCAUAAACCCGGCUACCCAAGCUGCUAUUCUUGCUGCUGCUGCUGUUGCACAGCAUAAUGCAAACGAAAGACAGAAAUAUGUCAAUCUUAUGACAUUCGUCGCUCAGCGGCGCGCGACGGCGCCGGUGCAGCCGGCCGCGGCAGCAGCUGCAGCGCUGUCUGCAGCGACGGCAAUCCCGCCGCCCACCUCCGUGCAGCAGAAGCUGGAGCAGCUGCAGUCGCGGUACCGACACCACGACCACAACGAUCAUGAGGAGCAGCACGAUCAUCACCCUGAUGACGAUAAGGAUGAUGGACAGGGUCCGCCGGGCGAGACGGCGGCGGAGCGUCGCGCGCGCCGGCGCCGCACGCGGUGGAUGGGCUCGGAGCACGACAAGACCUUCAUCCCCGGCCUGCCCACUGUCCUGCCUUCCUCCCUCACCAAGGAGCAGGAGGAGCAAUAUCUACUGCAGCUGCAGAUAGAGGAGGUGAGCCGCAAGCUACGCUCCGGCGACCUGGGCAUCCCCGCCAACGUGGAAGAGAGGUCCCCGUCUCCGGAGCCGAUCUACUCGACGGACGGCAAGCGGCUGAACACGCGCGAGUACCGCACGCGCCGCAAGCUGGAGGAGGAGCGACACCGCCUGGUGCAGCGCAUGCAGCAGAUCAACCCCGAGUUCAAACCACCGCCGGACUACAAGCCUCCGAUAAUCCGAGUGCACGACAAGGUGAUGAUACCUCAGGAGGAGCACCCCGACAUCAACUUCGUGGGUCUGCUGAUCGGCCCCCGUGGAAACACAUUAAAAGCGAUGGAGAAGGAGACGGGUGCGAAGAUAAUAAUCCGCGGCAAGGGUUCGGUGAAGGAGGGCAAGGUAGGGCGCAAGGACGGCCAGCCGCUGCCCGGCGAGGACGAGCCGCUGCACGCCUACAUCACCGCCACCAGCGCCGACUGCGUCAAGAAGGCUGUUGAGAAGAUAAAGGAGGUGAUCCGCCAAGGUGUGGAGGUGCCGGAGGGUCAGAACGACCUGCGGCGCAUGCAGCUGCGAGAGUUGGCGCAGCUCAACGGCACCCUGCGAGAGAGCGACGGUCCGCGCUGCGCCAACUGCUCCGCCGUCGACCACAAGACGUGGCUUUGUCCGGACAAGCCGAACGUGACGAGCAGUAUCGUGUGUUCGUCGUGCGGCGGCGCCGGACAUAUCGCCCGCGACUGCCGCGCCCGCCGCCCUGGACACGCCCCGCUCAAUCCGGACAAGGCGAAGAUCGAUGAGGAGUACAUGUCGCUAAUGGCGGAGCUGGGCGAAGCGGCACCCCCGGCGGGCGGAGGCGGCGGGGGAGGAGGGCCGGCGCAGCGACGCCCCGCCCACAACCUGUUCGCCGCCCACCAACCCGCGCGCGCCAUCUGUGCGCCACCAGGUGUGGGAGCGUCUAUGCCGCCGUUCCCCCCGCACAUGCCGCACCCCCCGCAUCCGCCGCACCCGCCUGCGCCCUGGCUCGGCGGUGCCUCGGUGGGCGCACAGCCGCCGCCGCCCGGCGCCGCGCCACCCUUCCCUCCGCCGCCGCCCAUGCAGGGUGACGGCUCCAUGGGCCCCGGUCCGCACAUGCCGCCGCCUCCCCCAGGUAUGAUGGGUAUGGGCGGGGGUGCUGGCGGGUGGCGCGCGGCGUUCGCCCCGCCCUGGGCCGCGCCGCCGCCCUUCCUCGCCCCGCCGCCGCCGCCGCCGCCCGUCUCCUCCGCAUAGCAACAAUACUUGUGACAUUCACUCUAAAGGCAAUAUACCGCUCGCAGACGACAAUUUACAUACAACACAAACAACACAUCGACAAUUUUUACAACCGACAGCCAGUCUAAAAGUCAAUCUUAAGACCAGUUUUACACAGUCAAGAAAAUUCGCGCUAUGCAUCCAACCAUACAAAGUCACUAUAUUUUAAACGCGAAAAAACCACUUCCUUUUUGGGUUCAAGUCUCUACCUGAGCAUAAUAUGAUCAGGUACUUCCAGCUCUACAGUUCUGUUUUAAAUAUUAUUAUUAUUUAAAACAGAAUCGUAGAGCUGGAAGUAAGAAAAGACGUAGUAAUAACGGACUGGCUAGUACACCAACAAGCAAUAAUAUAGGACAAUAUAAGGACCAAAUCAUUAUCUAUUAUAAUUAUUAUGAUUAAUGAUUCACUUCUGGGGAUGUAUACAUUAAAGUAUACACACAAUAAUAUGUAGCUUCACUUUUUGACACAUUUUCCAUUACAUUUAGCCGUAGUAGACUAUCAGAUGAUAGCACAAAACGAAAAUAUUAGAGGGUAGCUAAAAGUAAGUGAA